AUGGGUGUGAGCGACGGCGCCCAAGCAGCUCAUGCUCGUCUUGCCGAUGCCGCGAAGGAAGUCCGGCCCAGUGCGAUGCGAGAAGUCAAGGGCCUCGAGGCCUUUUGGGAGGUCGGGGUGCGGCCACUCCCAGCUUGUGGGGCCGUGGUCGUCAGAGAGGCCACAAACAUGGCAGCCGCCAGCGUUGAGCGAGGGGCCCCAAUAGAGGCAGCGGCCGACGGGGCAGCCGAGGUGAAGUGCCGAUGCGAGAGAAGUCGAGGGGCCUCGAGGCCUUUUGGGAGGUCGGGGUGCGGCCACUCCCAGCAUGUGGGGCCGUGGUCGUCGGAGAGGACACAAACACGGCAGCCGCCAGCCUUGAGCGAGGGGGCCAGUAGAGGCAGCGACCGACGGGGCAGCCGAGGUGAAGUGCUGCUUGGAGCCUUGGACGACUCCAACAAACGACGACGUUAA